GUUUGCACUGCUGUUUACUUUGAUUUAACUCUGAUCAUCUCUGUGCUUUUUGGAAGAAUAACCAUUUAUGGCACUGUGCUUAUGUCCCUUGAGCGAGCCUGCCUGUGUCAUGCCCUACAAGCAGGUCAUUGUAUAUCACAAGCCUUUUCCCUUUAUCCUGUGGUAGCUGGCUUAGCAUUACAGCACAGCCAGUGGGGCCCGGGCUUGGCUCCACAGCAUGCUGUCUGCAAAGCUGCUAGAGGCAUCUGUGAGAGUGCUCUCCACUGGAAGAAUAACGAGAAGGAGCAUCCAGACGGAAGGGCCCGUUGGACAACCCAAAAAGCACGCCUGUGUGCCCGACCUGGUCAAGGUUUGUCUAAGGACAAACGCCCCGCGGCAAACAGAGCAUGGCCUUGCCCACUGCAGCCUUGUCCCAGGCCUACCGCACCCAUUGUGUUGCCUCAUUACAAAGCCUCCCCUCGGAUUCAGGCCAGAUUAAACUGCCAUUGUGCAGCUGAGUGUUGAAAGCAAGGCUCAUGAGCCUCAUCCCUGCUUGGGACUGAGAGCAGAGGUUAUCCAGGUAGGCAUAAAUACUCCUGUCUGUCCAGAAAGUGUGCAAGCUUCACUCAAUCAGUGUGCAGGCAUGCAGUAAUUCAGGACAGCAAAGGAAGGGAAAAGCCUUCUGGAAUGCAGUCCAUGAGCAGGAAAAUGUGUAAUUAAAAUAUGCAUAAGUAGCUUGUGUUUUUCCCUUAACACGUGAAGUAGUUAGAUGUAAUCCUACAGAAUACUGAUGAGAAUGCAGUGGAGAGGGAGAACUUGAGCCAACUAGAGUUACUAGGGCACUUAUUAGAAGACUUGGUUUUAAAAUAUAAAAAUUGUGAAAUGUUUUUGUUGCUUGGAGCUCACAGUUGAGGAAGUGAGAGUUGGUGCUGAGGUGAGGUAUGUAGCUCUCCUUUGGUCAGUUAAUGUCUCUGUGUUACUGAACCGCGCUUUUCCAAUUACCUGCUCUAGUCUGGGCACAUCAGUACCUUUCAGAGAGACCAGUCCUACUUGUUCCAAGCUGCCUGUGACCAAAGAAGCUGGACAGUGUUUGGAGCUGUGGAGAGUACAAGAAGCUGUUUGACAGGUCUGUUCUAGAGACCCUGCAAACACACUAUGUAAAAGGUAUGAUUGUUCUCAUUAAGCAUAGUCACUUGGAGAGGCAGAGAUGGGCUUUUCUGACAGAAAUGAAGGUAUCUGCUGCUAUAGGAGGAAACGGUUUACCUGUCCUUUCAGUGUGUGUUUCCUCAGUGCUUGUGCCUGGGCAGCUCUGGACUUGUGCCCCGCAGCUCCAGCCAGCAAUCCCAGGCCUCACACCGGGCAGUGGGCUGCCUUGCUUCCAGGGCUGUUCGAAGCCAGGCUGAAUGGAAAGUGAUUAGCACAGCCCUCAGGCUUGCAGGGCCUGGGAUCAAAGGCCUCCCGCUGGCAGUCACUGAUGAAGAACAUCAUCCAUUAUCUUUGUGUUCAAUCGCUUCCUAAUCUCGGCACUAGCUGUUCCCGAAGUUCCUCUUCUGGAUGGCAGGGACUGAGGGACAGGGAGGACCAGAGGCGGGACGUUAGCAGUGCAGGGACUGGUCUCUGCACUGUGAACUCCAGUGUAGCAUACUGAGGGUGAAUAUCGUCCUGCAAGUAAUAUAAGACCUACUUUGCGAAGGGGAGGAAACACCACAUUUUCACAUCCUGUUUUGUUUUGCUCACCUUUGUUUUGCUGGUUUUUUGUUCUUCUGCUCUGUCAGAUUCCAGGUCUUGCUCUAAAACUGUACCUUUGCCUGCACAAUUAUGCCCACAGGUAAUAGGAAACCAGGGUUUCAAAAGAAAACCUGAUGCCAUUGCUAGAUAAUAGCAGUUUCCUAAAUGAAUGUGUGGUUGCCCUGGGGGUUAGGUUGUUACCAGAUGCACCUUUUCUUGAUUGGUGAGAACAGGAGAUGACGCUUCCUGGCAUAUAAGUGCAAGAGAAAACACGGGAGCACAGAUAAGCAGAGCAAGCAAGCCACCUGGAAAGAAGACCUGAGAAGGUGUUAAAGCAGUUGCCUGCCAUGGCAUUUGGAAUGCUAAUCUAUAUUUUGCUGAAAGUAAGCAUCUAUUUGCAUUACACAGCAAUGGGGACACUGAGUGAAGAGUCAGCUAUUACUGCUUCAUCCCUCAGCACUGACUUAUGGAAUAAUUGGACAAAAAACAACACUGAAGUAGAUUAUACAGAGCAGCCAAAGCUCUUGAAGCUGAUGCAAACCUGCCUUGAGGAACACGACAGCUAUUGUAUCAAUGGGCUCUGCACCUUCCACAGCGAACUGAGGAAGCCCAUAUGCAAAUGCCUUGCAGGUUAUAAUGGAGAGAGGUGUGAACAUUUAACACUAAAUUCAUAUGCACAUAAUUCUUAUGAGCGCUACAUUGCUGUGGGAAUUGGUGUAGGAAUACUGACCAGUGGAAUACUUGCCAUCAUCUACUGCUAUGUAAGAAAGAGAUGCAGGAAACUGAAAUCACCCUACAAAGUGUGCACGGGCGAGACAGCAUUGUGAAGCCCUGGCGCUGGAACACUCACCGGUUUGCCUGCUAAGGAGGAAGGCCCUGUGCCAUCGGACAGGUACCCCAGCCUCGCUGAGGAGAUGAACUCGAGGGAACGGCAGAGAAGUGCACGAAGGGAACUCCCGCAGGACUGACAGGCUCUGUGUGUUGUUGAAGAAAGACUUCCUCUCUUGGGUGAGGGUGGCUCAUGCUCAGGUCCAAGCAGCUGAGGACACUGGUAGGCCUCUUGGCCCCAGUGUUUGCCGUGGGGAGGACUGGUUGGUUUUAGCUGUUUUCAGUCAUUUCAAGCACUCGUACAGUGUUCUCCUUUGGUCUUUUGUGUGUUUUGUUUGGUUUUGUUUUCUUCUUUUUUCUCCUCUGGAGGAUAAGCACCACCUCUCUCACAGUGGAGCUGUAUUCUGGACAUCAUGCACUGACCACAAACCAUUUGGGUUCUGAUUUUGGUGUCUGCUGGCUGUGUGUGUGGAUAAGCAGCCUUCUCCCAACCCAACAGUUACAUUUGGUGUGCUGGGCCAAGUAUGGGCUUCUGGUGCCAUAAAGGACAAAAAAUGGCUUUGGACUGAGGAAAAUGUCUGGUUCUCGAAACCUUCCUUGAAUUAGAUAUAGAGAGUAGGCAAUUCCUGGAAAAUUAGACCAUGACACCUCUGAGCAUGGCAUGUUCUUAUUGUUUCCAUAAGCAAAGCAACCAGAUGCCUUUCUCAAAAUGGAUUAUGGAGUGCACUUGUGACAAAGAACUCUCCUCUUCCCAAACAUCCUGUAGCAGCUCCUCAGUUCCAUGGAAUUUCAGGUAGAACAUUGCCUUGCUGCACCCUGAUUUCUGCACAAGACUUGAAUUGCUAGAGAAGCUGGAAUUUCAUUAUGAAACUUCAAUACAGCUUUUCCCAGGAAACAAACUUUCUCUAUUCCAUUUGCAAAUUAUGGGCAAAAUGUGACCACUCAAAUAAGAAAGAAAUUAUUUUAGGGAUUCAGUUCCACCCUGGACUAAUAGAUUACAUAUUGGAUGCUUGGUUCUAUUCAUUUUAUCUACAAAGAAUUGGGAAGUUACAAAGAUUUGAUUCAAGGAAAAGGGAAGAAAAUUGGUUCUGAAGAUGAUGGCACUAACUAGGACUUCUCACUGACAGCUGGAGUGUUUGCCAGUUGUGAUGUGACUAGAGGUGGCUCUCAGAGAUUUUCAUUUGCACAUUGUAGACUCAUCUGCUGUGCUCAGCCAUCUACCAGAGAAAGGCAGUUGUACUUUGAGAUCUUGUGGGGUAAUAUUGGCUCCUAAAUUCAGGUGCCCUGCUGUGAAAGCUCAGUUUCUUUGUUAUGUGAUUUAAUUUUCACAACAAGGAUGCAUGUUGUUUGUUGAAAAAAAAAAGUGUAUUUGUGAGAUUAUGGUGACAAUGCUGAAAUGUGUAUGAAUGGUGGGCUUUGAAAGGUUAAAGGUGCCUGUGGCACUUGAAUGAUCUGAAGUUCAGGGGGCUCCUCAUGUGGAACUCCUGAUCAGUAGCUGGGCCAUCUUGGCUCUGUGAUACCAGUAAAUAAAGCAGCACAUCACACACUGCUUGGAAUCCCGUGUAACAGAGGGAGCAAGCAGCAUAUGCACACAAAAAAGGAUCGCUGGUGAGGAGUGGAUGGACACCAGUCCUCCCCUCUGCACAUUGACACCAGCAUUUUCCAACUCUCAGCUUUUUUGUCACCUUCAUCUCCAGUCAAAUCUUCAAAUCUUUGCACUGUUUUGCUCCUUUCCAUUCUUCUGACCUUUUCUUAGGUUCCACUGCCAGAUAACUUGUGCUCUUCACAGUCUUCAAGUCAGCUAUCAGUAGUGGCCCUACAUUUUCUGUCACACAUUUGUGUUGAGAGGGCAAUUAGGUAUAAAGUCUGCACAUCCUCACAAACAAAAAACACCCUUCACCCAUCUCACGUGGAAAUUGAAAAUGUGCGUGUUAUUAGGGAAACACAGUGAGACAUCUUUCUCAUUGGUCCCUGGAGAAAAUUGUAGAGCUGAAUAUCCAAAGGAUGAAAAGCCUUAGAGUUUUUGUCACGUGAGUAAAUCUCCCUCUCCCCAGUGAGUUGUCUCUUCCUGUGCUCGCACUGCUGGUGUUGGAUUCACUUCCCAAGGACCAGCCCUUCUCCAUUGCAGAGGCUGAGUCUUGGAGCAGACGCACACCCUACACUCUGCACAACCCAGGGGGCACGUGCACUUGUCACAGAAGUUCUAAGGGCAUGACUUGGAACACCUGGACUUCACCUUGCCCAAAGAAAACUGUUGGAGAGAGAUGCAUUUUGUUUGCAUGUCCUCUUACUGAUGUUUGUUACAUCCUUUGUGUACCAGAGGCCAAGCAGGUGCCCUGCAGGAUAUGCAAGUGAGCCAUUUUGUACCUACAGCAACAUACACUGACUUGAUUUUUUAAUGUUUGGUUACACGUAAGUGAAAAGGAAGGUGUACUUAAGGGCCACAAUUUAGCAGGAGACUACACGGUGAAAUAUGUUUUUCUAGUUUGCUUUCAGGCCCAAGGUGGCUUUGGAAGUGAGAGUUUGCUGAUAUUUUUCUGCUAGUGGAAGAAAAACUGGAGACUGAAAUACCAGAUAGGCCUGUGCCAUGCAAAAUGAGACUUUGUGUCAAGGCAGAAUGAAAAUAAAAUGGAAAGAUGAAGAUGAGAAUGUAUGAAGGCAGGAAGGCAGGAAGGAAGGAAGGAAGGAAGGAAGGAAGGAAGGAAGGAAGGAAGGAAGGAAAAGAAGAUGCUUGCUUGCUUUAUUUUAGUUUUCUUUUUCCAAGUAGUGUCACAGCUUCCAGCACUGGUUUCCUCGCCACCUGGGUGCUGUGUGCCCAGCCUGCAGAAGCACAGACUCAGAGCAGGCCCCAGCUGUCUGUGAGGCAUCGCUGCAUGACUGACUCACAGUGCAGUUUGGCCAAGGGAAUCUGCAUGGCUUCAUAUCGUUUCGUGGAUUCAGCCCUGCUGAGCUAUGCCUUGAUAAGUGACAGAUGCUGCCAGCCUGGAAUGGUAUGUUGCUGCUUACUGUGCUGAAUUUCCUGCAGAACUGGCCUGUCAGAGGAUCAGGAUCAUCUUUCCUAGCUCAUUUAUCAGGCUCAGACUCUUUCUGUAGUGGCAUAAUUAAGAGAGUUGUAAGCUUCUCCUUCCCAUUCCAGCUGCACGUGCCAAAACCUGUCAUUUCAAGAGGAGACCCUGCAUUCGUAUGACUUUCAGGCAGGGCUGCCUCAGCUGUGAGGGGCAGCAGCUCAGCAGGGCCAAGCCAGAGACAUCAGAGAUGGAGAUCUUCCUUUCUGAAGGACAGAGCACUUGCUCUGUGAAUGAUCCAGGUUGGUGGAACUACACUGGCUUUUCCUGCAGCACACCUCUCAAGCUGAGUUGCCCUUAAGUCACUCAGUCCUGAACUUGCUUCACUGGCAUCUACAGCCACUGUGCAGGUGUGCUGGGCUGCCACUGGAACAUCUUCCCUAAAUUCAAUUCCCAUUUUCUUCUCAGGUGUGUGAGUGGCCUGCUGUUUCCCUGAUCCUAGCAAGGUCUGUUUUAAACAGUGAGAUGUAAGCCUGGGAAAAAGGUGGCUUUAAAGACACUACCUUUGGUUUUGGAGAGAAAUGUAAGGAGCAAGAUUGAUGCUCCAAGUGCACAGUGUCCCUGUUCUGCCUGCCUGCCACUGGUGGCUGGCAGGCAGGUAGGAGACAGCUUUUCCUUGGAGAUUUUCUUAUUCAUAGUAACCCACAGUAUAUCUGGAUAAUGACACACCAGGGUUUCUUCUCCAUCCCAGUUACAGUAAAAGUACAAAUCUGAUUUGUGCUGCUGCAGCAGUGCAGUCCUGCCUUGUGUUUGUGUUUUGUUUGUGUACUAAGAACUAGCUGUGAAACUGAUUACUUCCUAGUGACUCUCAGCUUCAUGCAAAAAAAGAAACCAAAACAAAACCACCUCAAAUAAAAGACCCCAAUUCUCGCACUCCCUCCAAAAAAAAACCCAAACCAAAAAUCAAACCCAAAAAAUCAUACUCCUCUCGGCAAAAUUUUAGAGCUUUGUAAUUCUUUACACCUGUUAUCGGUUUUGUUUCAUUUCUGGUCCAUGAAAUACACUGUAGGUGGCAAAGCAUCUCACAAGGAGAAGGCUAAUUUGGCAAGGUAAUUGAUUUCAUAAUUAAGUUCAGAAUAUCUUCUGUCACCCCUGAAGGUUGCAGUUCUUAAUGGAUUGCCUUUAAACUAUCCCUAGAAAGCAAGGCUUUAAGAAUGAUGUUCUGUGGAAAACUAAAACAAGGAGGGAUUAAAGUCACAUGAUGGAGAGACAUCAAACUUCCAACUUUUAAAAAAGUAGAUAAUCUGUGAGUUCUUUUAUGAAAUGGUGCUUAGCUAGAUCAGUAACACAAAUAAGUGUUGAGAGAGGGGAAAGGUGGGUCAGAUUUGGUAAAAUGAAAAUUCGGUGACAAACAGCAAGAGUUUCUUUUAGAAUAUUCAUUUCGGUUCUCUCUCAUGUGAUAUGAGUGCAGAUUUUCUGUUUGUGUUUUAACUUUUAGAGCUAUUCUGAAAAGUAUCAUGGCAAAGUGUAAGUAUUUGAAACCAGACAAUUUGCAUGAUGCAGAUAAUAAUCUGAAGGCUGGAUUCAGUCAGCUCCAGCCUUGUCAUAGUCAGGGUCUUCAUAGCCCUGCUUAUUUCAGUGAAUGCUGGCAAGGAACCCAGUGCUGGCUGCCCCACGGUCUGUGUGUUACCGAGCUCUGGUGUGGCUGCUCUUACCUGUCCUGAGCCUUGCUCAGAACAGGGAAACGCCUGUAGAGGUCCCUAUUGUACUGCAAAUCCAGGAAACCACUUGGGACUCCUCCUUUAUGACCCAGUUCAGAGACAAACAAACAAAAAAAAAAGUGCAGGUACUCAUUAAAAUCUCAGUGUAAGUAGUUAUUAAUUAUCCUGACAGCAAUAAAAUCUUGUACUAUGACUAGACUUGGGGCUGUUCCUACUCUCGCUGAACUGAAUGGAAGUGAGAGCAGGUUCUGUGAGCAGCAGACCUUGGUGAGCUGGAGGAGGUAUGCACGAGAGGGAACUGCUCACUGGGCUGGUUUGGGAGCACUGAUACUCUGGGCCCUUUUGGCUCUUGGCUGCACAGGUGGGAAGAACUCACUCUGUAUGGCCGCUGGGGUUGGGAGCUGGGGCACAGGCUGCUUUUGGUUGAGAGCAGCAUUUGACUUGGUAUGAAGCCCAUGGCCUGCGGGCAAGCAAACCUCUAAAUAAGAGGUUUCUCAAAUCAAAUGAAAAUUCUAAUUCCAUUUUUCAUAAGUAUAAACAAAAAUAGCCUAUGAGACAUAGUUUCACAGACAAAUUAGGGUUAAAAAUGCUUUAAAUGCUUAUUCUCUGGAGCAGUUUUGGAUGAGCUGAACUUGGUAGUGGAGGCAUGUCUUGCAUAGCCAUUCUGGGGGAGUUUUCCAUUUGACGGUUUGGGGGUUUUGCCCUAUUGUGGAAUUAGGGCCAUCUGUGAAUGUCACCUGCCUUAGCUCUGGGCUCAGUUUUCUAAUUCAUAAAAAGAUUAAAGGUAUCCAAAGGUGAGGUUUUGAUUCCAUGUCUGAGUCACUUAAAUGCUAAUUUUUAAUCAAAACUUCCUGUUGAAUUUAUCUGGUGAAUAUUGACAAGGAAGUUUCCUUGUAUAGAUUCCCCAGUGGCAUUUCUUUCUGAAGGUAUUUUGUCCUUUAAUAAGCAAAACUGCAUUUUGAAUACCUUAUAUUCAAAUGCUAGGUGUGUUUCCUGGCCGGAACUGACCAAAAUGUGGCAUGGCAGCUUUGCCCCUGGCUGAUGGGAGCCAGGCUGCUGGAGAGCCAGCCUGAGGUGCCCAGUGUGGGACAGCUUCCUAGGCAAGGUAUGUCUGUGAGCCCAGAGCUAAGUGUCCACACCUACUGCCUCAGGCCUGAAUUGCUCCUGGAAGCCCAGUUUUUGGAACACUUAUUGCUGUGUGCCAAUUCAUCUGCCAUCACCUUCAGCUUCAAAGCCAAGGGUAACAUUACAAUCCAGUUAUAGGAAUGCAAGAGCAUGGGCCCUGUCACUCCAAAUGUGUUAUGCUGUUUGCCUUUUUUAAAAAUUGUUAUUCAGGUUAUUUUGUUUGGGGGGCACAGGGAAUGCAAGAACCCUUCCUUCCUCCUCCUUGUCCAAGGGUGUUGUGCAGAGAGGCCUCUCCACAGCUCCCUCUGGCAAACAGCACAGCCAGGGUUGAGACACAAGAGGACAGGGCUGAGCUUUGCAAGGAUGUCUGAGUAACUCAGGCAAAGCUAAUUUGUUUGACAUCAUUUCAGUACGUAAGGCUAAGUCUGUUUGUGUCCCAUUGUUAUGGCAAAUCCCACGAUCAACAGCAUUUUAUUGACUUCUGCCAGUCAUUUGAGUGCAGCAGAGGAUUUGGCCGUGAGCACUGUUCCAGGAAGCUGCCUUAAUAGAUGUCAACGCCAAAUUCAAGGGCUGUGGGGCAACAGCUGGGCAUCGCAGGAAGCUGUGGUAGCUUCACCACAGGGAAGGCCCAAGUGCUUCCCCUGAGUGCAUCCCUGAUCUCUGAGCAGGGGAAGGCAGGGCAGGAUGAGUCAGUGACACGGGUGGGAAGGGGACCUUGAGUUACAGGCCAUGCCAGAACAUGCAAGAUUUGGCUGAGAAUUUUCCCCUUCUUUUCCCCUUCUUUUCAAGGUUAUGGCAUUGCGAGUUCAUGGGCAUUGCUUGGAGGGAUGCUCUUCAGGAUGGGAAACUUGAGGAGGGCCUCCAAGUGUCUGUGUUUGUGAUUUUUGGAAACUCAUCAUCUCAGAUGCUGGGGUUUUGGGUAUAAGUCUUUGUAGUUCUGACAGUACUUUGGUAGCUUAAUCUGCCUUGUGUCUCAGGAUGGACUCCUGCAGCGACAGCUGCUGCUGUCAAAGCAGUGCCCUUUCAGGCUGUUUGGGUUUGCCAGAGCAAACCGAUAACCUGAAACACAGGCAGGACUCACAAGAAUCUGAAAGUGAGGAAAUUCUCUUGCCCUUUCCCCUUGCCUUGUUAAUGCUUCUCUUGACUUCUUUGGUGGCAUGUUCAUGAUGUCUCUUGUGCAAACAGAUAUGAAAGUUCUCCCUCAGGCUCUUCUCAGUCGUCUCCUGAAUUCCUUUCUCCAUCACUAACGACGUUUUCCAUCAAGAUUACAGCAGGAAAAAAUGUUCUCUGUGGGCUAGGUGCUCCCCUGUGCGUAAAAAGUGUGUGCAGGAGCCAAGAAUCACUAGGAGUUUCUUCCUAAUUGUUCCCAAGAAGAAUGGAGGGUGACGCAGGGAAAGGGCACGACCUUACACCAACACACACACACUCCAAGACCUGCACAGAAAUGUCCGUGACCUCAGCAUGACAAUGAGGAAUUUGGGGGUGGCCUGACCCAGUUGGAUGUCCCCUUGCAUUCCUCCCUGACCUUCUCCUUCUGGCCCAGCAGAGUUCCUUUCAGCCUCAUCCUUCCUGGCCUAUGCAAAAGAGGUGUCUCCCCGUUAGAAGCAGAUGCCCUUGUGUAAUUCAGAUGCCACAUUCAAAAUGCAGCCUGAAAGGACUUUAAAUGGAUACUUAAGAUGAUUCCAAGUAAGGGUUAGUUUGAUUGCUUUUUAAACCAUUAAGGAUUUGUGGACUGUACUGGUGGAAUGCCUCCACUGAAGGCUUUUCAAGACAAUUAAUCAUAAAGUAGGGCUCUGUGAUGUUCCCAAUCAGCUCUGGCCUAAUUCCAAGCCCUGCUGCAGGCUGUAAUAAAGCAUUUGUUGUCUUCAGUGAGAGCAGACUCAGGCUACCUGCCUUCAGUUUGUGGGUAUUUAAGUGUUUAAGGCUUUUGAGUGCUGUGGGAUUCUUAAAAAUUCCUAUUUGUUUGUGGUGGUUUCUUGAGCGAGAAGUACCAUGAUACAUAAGAAGAGCAAGGUGAGAGAUACAAGCCAACAUGAUACUCAGUGACAGCAACUCAGAGAUGUAAGUGUGCUUUGAAUGGUACUUGACGGUUAAAAACCCUGGGUGGAGGAGGAAACUCAGGGACACUUGGCCCAGUGCUUGUGUUUGUGUAUAUAGGCACAAUUUGGGUAAAGCCUGUUGAAGUACUGGGCUGCCACAGGGUUCCUGAGGACUGUGCAUUGUCCAUAAUUUUGGUGAAUUGAAGUGAGACUGCUUCUCUCCCUCAGGACAAAUAGUUCUGUGUAUGUGCAUUGAAAGAAGACAUGACACAGAUGGAAGACAAAUUCCCUUUGUCUUCCAAACACUGGAAUACAUUUGUUUAAGACUGUGCAUUGCUUCAUUAUUUGCACAUCCUUCCUUCAGCACUUAAGCUGUGUGCUGAAUUCCUAUUAUGCCAAAUGAUAUUUUUUGUGAUCAGUGUCCAGGUGACAUGGAAAAACAUGGUCAAAUAUUGACAGAGGUGCCCUGUAUGUGUCUGAUAAAAAAACCUCUGACUUUAAUGUGCAUACCAUACCUUAUGCUGAUGAAGAGCUGAGGCUCUGCCCUAGUUACCAGGUGGUUUGGUAAUGCUGAACAGCAAGUUUGUCUUUAUUUCUCAUAAACAUAAUCUUUGUUGACCCAGAGCUUGGGUUCAUGCAAAUCAGUACAUGUACAGAAAGCCCUGCAGAAAACAUUCCAUUAUCCUUCAAAGAACUCAGGGAAAUCCAAACCCCACCAGUGUGGGGGAGAGUUGGACCCCCUGUGCCCCCUGCCAUGUCCCUCCUGUGGCCUGUGGAGGGUUUGGAGCAGGGGGCUCUGUCACCCUGGUUUUGAAGACUUUUCUAAGCCUUCUGUAAUGUUCUUCAUAUUGGAGUCAGAAAUUUUACUUUAUCACACUUUCUACUAUAAACAAUGGCCAUGUUUUGCUGACUGUCUUUCAUUGUGUACAUAUUUCUAGGUGGGAAGAGAAAGUUGAUUGACAGUUGGCUUGACCAAUGUGGAUUGAGAGGUGGAAUUCCAUCCUCCAAUCCACAGGCCCCAUAGGAAAUGUAUAAAAUUGAGUUUUGUAAAUAAACUCGCCCCUUUUUCCUGCUUUGCUCACCAGCGUGUCCUCGUGUGGUUCUUUUUGUGUCAUCUGUGACAGGGCUCUGCCCUGGCACAGGGGCAGCUCUGUAUGCAAAAGGUGCAGAUCAGGGCCUGCACCAUCUUCUUAUUCUGCACCAGAGAUUUAGUCCAGUCCUUUCCACAUGCAAAUUCCCCCAGGGUCUGUGAUCCUGUGCGGAAUGCAAAAAUUGGUAGAAAUUACAAUUAAUGUAAAUAAGACAAAAUUAAAGUUCCAUAUGUUUAAUGCAAAUCACUGCCAAAGAAGUCCAAGCAGAGGUUUCCACAUAUCACAAAGAGUGAGAUGGUAAAAAGGCAGCUCGAUCUGCUUCAGGUGGUCUGUUAGUUCAGAAGCUUGAGAUUGAACGUUGCUCCUGUCUCUUAUGUAAAGCAAGAAGCUACCUGGGUGCCAGGCAGGAGCUAAAUGUUUAUUUAGCUUGUGCUAAGGGUGAGCAAGCAGCAAAGGGAAUAACACGGAUUGUUGGUCUGAGCCCACCAUGCACAGGGUCUGACAUGUCCCAGGGGAAGCAGGCCUAAGGGACAGAGUGGUCAUAGCAUGGGAAUAUAAUGACCUGACAAUUUUCCACUCUUAAAGCUCUCUCCGUGGUCACAUUUAAAUUUCCCUUCUCCUGCGGUAUGGAUCAGGGCUGCAGCAUCAGGAACAGGAGCUUGGGAGGCAGCAGUGCUGCUCUGGCUCAGUGUCCACAGAGGAAGUGAUCCAUGAGAAAAGCAGGAGUGGAGAACAGGGACAAAGGUACGAGUCCCUGCCUCUGCACAUUUGGUAAGUGGCAGACCCUGUGCUUGCCUUCCUGCUGCUAUCAGACAAAUAUGCAAAUAGCUGCAAGGAUGCCACGGGGAUGAAAGUGUUAUAGACUUUGAAGGUAGUUCAGAGGUGCUGGGUUAUGGUAAACCAACACUUAGUCCAUACGUAACACUUUGGAUCUGUAGAUGGAAAACCAGUCUUACUCCCAGUGUGAACUCUGAGGGAAGUGGGCAACAUUUCAGCAGCCAGCUGAAAUUUUCCAGCUGAAAUUAUCCGAAGACUCCCUUGGCCUGUCGUGCUGCUGCAUUUGCCUCUGCAUUUGCUCUUUGCUUCCUUCAGCCCUGCUAUCCAUAAACAACUUGGGGGAGUUUCAGGUGCUGCUAAUUUUAAGGAAGCAGUUUUAAGAAUUUUUGCCUUUCCAGAGCUUUCAUAACGUAUAGUAAUAGAGGCUUUUGGCAGGAGCAGUAAAGCAAAUUGCUCCCACCCUCCCUUAGCAUGCAGUAAGCUGUGUGCAUCCCAGCAGCCAUGUGACUGAAAAUCUGAACAUAGUGCAGCACCUGGGAAGUCUGGUAAUGUCCGUGUGAAACAUGCAGGCUCUGUGUCCUGCACAGAAGCACCAGCCUCUGCUCUCCCACGCUCACUGGGCCCAUGAUCUCUGGCAACUCGUGCAGUUCUUUGGAACUGCUUAUUUUGGAGAUGAUGGGGAAUGUUCUGUCACUGGGGAUGCACAUACUUGCACCAUGGUUUAUUCUAAGCCUUAAUUUUCUUUGCUUUUGAGGACUUGCAUCAGAGUUUCAUGCACUAUUGAACAGAGACAUUUGUGUUUAUCUGCCUACCUGAUAAGGGAAAGGAAAUGUUCUCCAAAUGCACCAACUCUACACACAAUUUGUAGAGGCCACGAAGUAGAAGUCUUGGUACUUACCAUAAGAGGCAAUGUAUGGUCAGUAAGGGUUGUGCAACAUUACCAGUGAAGCCGCAGGAGAGACAGACUUGCUGUAGAUGGGUAUGUAUCAAAAUGGUUAAGUGCAGCUGAGGGGCUUCUGACAGGAUAUUUACAAAUUGGUGAUAUCCUGUUUAUGGGACCCAUGUAAACAAUCAAAGGCCAUUGCCCAAAGGCUCCACUGUUACUCAGAUCUGCGUAAAAGACAGUUCUGACACGAGCAAUGCAGUCGGCAGCUCUGAUGAUGUGACAUGGCAAUCAAAGCUGCUCCGCUGUAAUUAAAUGUGCGCAGUGAUGCACAGCGCGUUGCAUAAGGUACAGCGUGAGACACUGGGAAAAUGCUUGCAGAGAGACCUCUGGUUUAGUUUAGUUAACCUGUGCGCCCUUUAAAGUGGCUGGUUUGGAAAGAUGGGUAAUGAGCUUUGUAUCCUGUCACUCUUCCUGGAAAUCUCUCUGCUGGUUCACAAAGGGGAUUUUUACGGGAACAGAACAGGGGGAAAGUGGGGGAGGCAGGAUGGAGACAGAAGAGCAGAGCUGUGUUCUGCACAGGCUCUCAGGUCUGGCAUGUUUCACCUGAGACAGGUCGUCUCCUGUGCUGGCUUAAUGGGCUUCAGGCUGAUGUCAGGCUGCUUGUGUUCUGGCUUUGGGCAGGGUAGCUUAAUCCGGGUGUGGAGCUGCAAAGUGAGUGUGUGAUGCUUGAGGGGGUGACCUCGGCUGUAGGCAUGCUGCAAGUCAAUCUCAUCCUGAGCAUCUGAUGUGCAGCCUCACAAAAAAGGGGUUCUCAGGGAUAUCUGUUGAAAAUCCUAUAGAGGAACUAUUGUUGUUCAAAAGUUUAAUGAAGUUCAGAGACCGAAUUUGUGGUUGGCAGCCUUGGCUGAUUCAUCCUUGUUCCCUAGCCCUUAAUUUCCUAUAUGAAGGACAAAGACCCUGGCUACAGGAGGAUUGAUCAAGAACUACCAGCCAUAGCUUAGCGCUGUUGUUAAUUUAAUAGCAUCACUGAUCUAAUUGAACCCAGCCCUGGCCUUUGUCCUGUCCCACUUGAUUUACACGCAUGCGCUCCCAGUGUCAUAAAGGAAAUCUUCUGCCUCUCUUAAAUAACACUAAGCUGCAGGAAUGAGGACAAGGGGGUGGAUGUGUAGAUCCCACAUGGAGGAUUUAUCUGGGAAGUGUCACAGUCAGCCAACUGGUUGCUGCCACCUCCCCCCCAGGACAUCCAGUUGCAGAUUCCUGGCUUGUCCCAUCUCCUACUUGUACCUCAAAUGACCAGCAUCCUCUGUACCCAGGGAUGGAGAGACAGGACAAGUUCCGUGUGCCUGGGCCUUUGCCUCCCCUUGGCAAAACCACAGCUCCUUGCUGAGAGAGCAGAGAAAUAUGCAGGCACUGAACACCUUUUCUUUUGCUUUUUGAGUGUGGGAGGAACCUAGGCUGCAUUCUUGAGAUAGGUUGGGGAACAGCCAGCUCUGACCAGAGAAUUGGGGUCUGUCUCCUGGUGGCUGACAGCAGCCCUCCUGCAUAAAUGGGAGGAAAAAUCAGCAGUGUAGGCAGAUAGUUUCCACCUGUGCAGGAGCUCUCCCUGCCCUUCUCAGCCCCACAGAGGCCUACAGUUGUUCCCUGUGACUUCCAGUCAGUACCCAGUCUGUGGUGAUGUUGGCUAAUCGAUUUCUUCUGUGUGUGACUUAGGAACGGUGUCCAGGGAGAUUUGGAUACCUGAGAUGAUGUUCAGACCAUUGAUGGGAGGAGAAGGUGACUAGAUGAUUUCACAUAGUCUUGGUCAAACCCCAGAAGUUUCCACAUAUCAUGUGACUCAUGGGCUCUCAAGAGUUGGUGGUACUAAAUUCACUGGAGAACAAAGAAUAUGGAAUUUUAUAGCAGGUUGGGCCCAGUCAGGGAAAACACCGAAUGGAGAUGUGUUGUUGGGUAUUACAACAUCAAAGUAUUCUCGAUCAACUUCUUUUCCUUCCACCUGCAGCUACCUGCAGGCAGAGAGCAAGAUAUCUAGCCAGGCUCCCAGCUGAUGUGAGCUGGAGGGAGUGCCAAGGAUUAUUUUUCCUGGAAUUGUAGGAGAGCUUCAUUGGGGACCACAGUGUCCUAGUUUGAAAUAUGACUGCAGCAAUGAAUUGGGCACCUGUGUUUAUAGGCUCCCUGGGGCAGACUGUCUCAUCACCUCUGCAUGACAACAGCCAGAACAAUAAAGGCCUGAUCCUCACAGCCUUUCUUUUUUUUUUUGGUCACUUCAGUAAUAGUAAUGAUUAACAGUAAUUAUCAGAACAGUUGUGGGAGUGUCCCAUAAUGCUAGUGGAUGGGGGAAUUCCACUAAGCACAUCUGCUACAAUGCUUAGCACUGGUUACCAGGCCAAACAAAUACAUUGGAGACUUGCGGCUCUUUCCUAGAUUUGGUUUCUGGAACAUGUGCUGGCUAGGCUGGUUUCAGGUGGAUUUACUAUUACUCCAUCAUCCCUAAUGACACAUUCCUCCUGUCCACGGUGCCUCAGGUCCCCAUGUGUAUGGCUGGUGUGAAGGUGACAGUCACUGCUGUGUUUCACCCAAAACAUGGAGUCUGCAGACAGCUGAAGUCCUGAUGAUGGAACAGGGCCUGGAGCACAGGGCAAGUCACAGCUCAGCGCUGCUUUGGAUUCAGUAGGCCAAGAACAGGCAGCGAAACAGCCCGCUAAACAGCCCUUCCUCUGCUCAUAUAUGCUUGAGAUAUAAGAGUGAAAUAUUUAUUAAGGGCCAAAAUAAACUUGCCAAAGGGAUUGAAGCCAAUGCAGCUGAGGCCUGUGAUGGCCAAGAUUCCCAGAUGGAGCAGUGAAGAGUCAGGGGCUCUACUGAUGAUGUGUGUGCAGCACAUAUUGCUCAGGCUUUAGUGCAGACCUUACAGGCUAGUGCCAUGCUUCAGCAGCUCUAUGAUUCUCUCUGAUGGUGUCUUCCUCUUGUCUUCCUCAUGCUGGCACUAGCUGUCCCCAUGGGAGGUACAGGAGAGGCAUGGAAGGUUGAGACAGAGAGCACACUGCCAAGAGGGACUGUUGUGCAGAAAAGCUGAGAGCAGCUGCGGUUGUCCCUGGAGAAUAAGAAAUUCUGUGGAAGACAUGACUAUAUAAACUCAAAAGAGGUGCUGAUGGACAGAACAGCACACAGGGAAGAGGCACUGGCCACUUUCAGCCGUGGGUGCAGAAUUUGAGCUCUCAUAGUUUAUAGAAGAGACUGGUUGUUUAAUUCAUCCCUCACAUUCAUAGCAAAUUUGAAACUGACCUUUAAAUGGAGUUAUUUGGCUCAAGGCUUUUCUUUACUCCAUUUCCUCCAGAGAGUUGCAUCUACGUAUUCCAGUUAAAAAUACAUUCCCUUCUUAGGGCAUUUGUGUUCCCAUGAGUCCUCAGACUUUUACCAUUUAUGAUUUUCACAAAAUCAUGGAAUCAUUUAGGUUGGAAAGGAUCAUUGAGUUCAACUAUUCCCCCCAGCACUGCAAAGCCCACCAUGAACUGCGACUCCAAUGCCACAUCUACAUGCCUUUUAUAUCCCUUCAGGAACUCAGUACUAAUCUUGUGUAGUUGAAAUGAAAAUACUGUCAAGAGUGAGGUGCAUUCCAAUUGACAUCUGACCUUCUGAGAGUAUUUCUUGAGCAUCUCUCAUUUUGUACAAUGAAAGCUUGCUGUAUGUAAGUCUGCUUACAGACAUACUGACAUGUGCACUCACGCUCUUUGAAAAAUUCUGGAUGAUUUUCCCAAGAAUUUAUGAAAUUACUGCUUUUUGUUACUUUGUGUGUGUGUGUGUGUAACAAUGGUGAGUGCAUCAGUGCAAGACUAGGAAUGAUUUUCUUUCCAUUUCAAAAAUACUUUCUAGCAAGAAAAGAUGUUGAUUUUGCAAAUUUGUCUUGUUUUCAAGACAUGGAACCAAUUGCAGAUCCAUAUCCACAGCAGCAAUAAAACCAGGUGCAAAUCCUACAGAAGUCAGCUAAAGUGAGUGGUACAGACAUUUGCCAUGUAUGAUUUUAGUUAAAAAAUCUGUG